GGGGAAGGGGGGGCUGCUUACAACGUAACCAAACCUUUAAUUUAAUCAAGGAAGUUUUUUUUGGGGGGGAGCUAUUUGGAUAAUUGUGCGUACCUCUGAAAAAACCCUUGCUAGGCCCCUGGCCUAUUUUCUUCCACUCCUCAAACGAAAUAGGUAACACCCAUCGAGCAAAUGUUUUGUGUAUUCUUGCAUUUCUUUCUCUCAGUUUUGGUCAGAAAUCAGCCUUAGUUUUGCCUUCGGAUAGCGGUGAUUGCCCUUUUUUUAGUUCACUCUAGGUGGUCUCGCCUGGAAAAGAGGUUGAUCGAUGGUGUAUUGCCCAUUCAACCUCGUUUUCACGCAAAUGUAACCUCGUUUCUGAGCCGUCAAUAUACCAUCGAUUCGAUGGUAUUUUGUUCGCAUCUUCCAAAUUUGGUCAACGCCGGUUGGUUAUGAAGAAUUAGCCGGAGGCUUUAAGCGACUCAGAAACGACGAAAUAUGUUGAAUGAAUAAUAAUUUUAUAGUAAAUAUUAGCAGCAUGUACAGUUAUUGGAAAAGGUAGCAUUGUGCAAUGCAUUGAUGCAUAGACAUUGAAUUAUAUUUUGCAAUCGGAACUGGCCAUAUUUGUCUAAAUUUAGCUUGCCUAUAAAGAAAUCGAAAGAAGGGAUAGGUUGGUCUCAAUUUAGACUAUUCUUCACGGACUGUCCUUUAAUUUAUACUUCUGGUUCGUAUGGCAAAUAUAUACCGCUAUAUACCUCUAGACGGUAACAUAGCGCUUAGUAUAUCAGGAUAUUUAUUAGUCGAGUAUUCAUUACCUAAACAAUGUGAGGCACUCCGUUUUUUGUUUUGUUUUGUUUUGUUUUCUCUUCUUUUUUUACAACCGGAUUUAUUUGUUUCUGCACAGAGCCUGAAGAAGCUAGAAAUUUGCAGUCAAAGGGAAAAAUUCCGGAGGAACACGCUUUAGAAUGUUUGCCAAAAGUCGAGGAAUCACUAGACUCUUGGCUUCAUUUUGAAGAAGUAGUUCUCAAGUGCAGGGAGAGGGCGGAUUUCCCACCUUGUGUUCAAAAGGACAAACUGAAACAGAUGAUAGACGUGGAUGAAACGUUUGAAGGAAUGCUGGACUUUUAUCACAACAGAGGAUUGAUCAUCCUCCCAGGUAACUCAUUAUAUUUCCAUUCUGUGAAGCAUUGUUUUGGUAACUUGUGCUUUGUAUUGUGAGUUCUACAGAGUAGAUCAAAGUAUUGUACAUACGUUAAAGGUUCUAGGCUUUCAUCGCAGCCAAACCUACUCCCGGCAAUUAGCUCAGAAUUAUAAGCCUAGCCCUAAUGAUCAGUUUUUGUACUUAAGACAACCAGAGGAAUUACCGCCAGUAACUGAUUAAUCACUCCUUACACCCCCCCCCCCCUUCGGGGGGGGUUGAGGGCACUCAAGGGAAGUUUGGGUAUCUAGGGGCGCUUUCCAUCUAGGCAAAAUCUGCGGUUGAAAAUUCCAGAACAUUCCGGGUCAAAUGGAAAGGUUUUCCAGUCAUAGAGCCUUGUUUGCAAUCACAUUGCUCGCGUGAACCAAAAAUCCAACAAAAUGGAUGUUGUAGCACUGCCGGUACUUUGCGACAAUUUCGACGACAUAAUUGAAACUUUGUCCAAAAGCUAAAAUAAUUUUGACUUUGUGGCUGCAGUCUGUUGCUGUUUCGUUAGAAGGAAUUGGAACAGAGUUAGUUAAAAACUAUUUUGAGUCUACAGGUGAAGAUGCCAUUUUGAACGAUGCGAUAAGAAACGAAAAGAAGAAGCUGCGACAGCCGGUGAACAACGCUCACCGGCAGACGAUGGAAAUGGUGGGAAAAAUUCCAGGCCCCGGGAGCCAGCCGCCGGCUGAAACAGAAUUGCGCAAGUGGAACGGGAUUUCUGUUCCAGCGGGAUGGAAUGCAAAAAGUGGAAUACCUUGGAAGGUCGUCCGUUUGUUCCGGAAAAUUUCCGGUCUAACCGCGCGUUCCAUUUGCGGUUACACUGGUCGAACCGGAAAUUUUGCCUUCCUUAUUGCUACUUAAUCUGGCCAUUUUGGGGAGAGAGUGUUUCGCGGGGUUUUAUUUUUACGAUAUUAAUACGCAAAUAUGAAAAGAAGGCAUUUUAUUUCGCGAUUUUAGCGUUUUCAACUUCUUUUGAUUUCUAAAAGAGUCUGAAAGUUUCCAAAUUUCCAGGUGAAGUGUAGAGGCUUUACAAGUUAACGUUAUUUCACUUGCUGAAAAUACAAAACGCAGGGUCGGCCAGGGUUUUGGGGUAUACGGUAUACAGGGGCUUUUUAGAUCGGGUAUACCGUAUAUUGCAGCUUAAUUACGGGUAUUCGGUAUAUCACUUUCUUUGAAUUUCAGGUAUAAAGUGUACCUGGGUAUAAUUUUGGGUAUAUUUGGAUGAAUUUUGGGUAUUUUGGGGUAUUUUAGCGAAUUUUUUCGGGUAUACAUACUGGUAUACCACUACCCACCUGGCCGACCCUGAAAACGGAGCUAACCAGUAAAACCAGUUAACAAUUUAUAUUUUCUAUACAUAUCAUGAAUAUAUUGCUGCUAUUACAAGUCAAUAAUUUUUUCCUUUAAAUUGAAUUUUCUAUAUGAGUAUUUAAUUCGCGAUUUUUUUACAAUCGCGAAAAACGCAAAAUUAAAGACCCGCGAAAUUGAGUACAAAUAAGGUAAAUGGAAAGCACCUCAGAGGUAUAUCUGCCGCCGAAGUCUUUAAAACCUGACCCUGUUUAAUAAUGGUAAUUGAACUGGGUGGAGUGCAAUUUGGUCUGAAAUCAUACGCGUGAUUUCAGUUCGAUUUGAAAUCACAAGUAUGAUUUCAGACCAAAAUUGCACGACACGAAGUUCAAUUACCACUUUAUUACAUCCAUUUUGAAAUCGCAGAAGUUAGUCAGUACUAAUAUUUUAUUGAUCGAGUAGCAAAAAGGCUUUUACACCUCAUUUUGUAUUCGAAACAGAAAUGAUGCGAUAUAGAACAAAAAUGGUGCGAUUUAAAACAGAAAUGAUGCGAUUUAGAACAUGAAUGACGCGAUUUGGAACAGAUGCGAUUUAGAGCAAAAAAUGGUGAGAUUUAGGAAUAAAUCACACGCUGAGAGCCAAUCAGAUUGCACUGAUAGCCAGUGAUUUCAAAAUGGAUGUAAUAAAGACAGUAAUUGCUCAUUUCGCCACCCUGUUUAAGACAAGAGACUUAAUUGUAUGACCCUGACUCGUUUCCUUUUGCAUACAGUCUUUUCAUACUAAUAUCAUGAAACUAAAAUUUUUUGGAAAAAAUCUUUAGUGCCACAAAUGUAGACCUGCCGCCUUCACAGUUUUUUAAUAGCUCCCGGUCCAAAGACACACCCUGUUAAAAAGCCAAAUACUGAAAUUGUAUACCUUGUUUAAAGGAACAGUAUCCCGUUACUGCGCGUGCACCAAAGUUUGAUUUUUGGACAGGAUGUCGCGAAAUCAAAAGAUAUUACUGGACUUGGAACAACUGACCUCUGACAUGAGUUUCACAUUAGAAAAUCUGUUUUUAAGCGGGCGGAAAGAGAUUUUCGGGUCGCGAGGCGGCCCUGCAAGCGAUAAAAUCGCGAUAAGUCUUCGUGCCGCGAGCCAAAUUUUAAAUAAGACGAAAGAUUUCUUAGAAAGUCUAAAGUAUUGCUUGAGAAUAUAAACAACAAAUCUCCGUCGGCGGAGCGGUUCGGAAGGAAAUCUUGUCGAGUCAAUAUGACAGUUCUAUUGUCUUUUGAAGAAAAAACAGGUGACGCUCGCACGUGCGCAUAAUCGGGACACUGUCCCUUUAAGACUCGAGUCCCUGAAAACCAUACCCUGUUCAGCGGUACAUAUCAGUCUACGCCAAAUAAGGGAGUGACCCCCAGACUCCUUUUUUGAAUUGGCCUGUAACACAGAGCUAGUCACCGAGAGUUAAGAAUAAUGUCCUUUUUAUCAGUUGUUUUUUUUUUCCAAUGAUCUACCUCCAGGAAAGCUAAUCACAGCAGAGAACCAGAGCUCCGAGAUUAACGACUUGGUAGUAGUCAAACCCCAGUACCUCGUGGACUUGAUAACCAGCCUAAGUAAAGAGCCAAAUCUCUUGGUGUUUGCUCAGCGACAUCAGCUUCUGUCAAAGACGCUGCAAGAUAAAUGUAUAGCCGACAUCAACCGAGAACGAAUCUGCAGAGACCCAGCCAGCCCUGUUGCAGAGAUUGUUCGCAGUUUAGAAGAGUUUGAUUUGCUGUGUCCCAUUUCAAAAUUACCACAAGUUACUGAACCCAAAAGCCACGGUGAAGGUCACGACAUUGAGACACGGAUAGGCAAAGGGGAAUGUUUGAAAAGAAAAUGGAAAAGACUUUGUGAAGAAAACUGGCGUGGCAUUUGCGACUCGGAUAAAGUUCUUGUGUUUGAUUUCUACAGGCGUCUUCCUCCUUCCCUCUUUCAGUAUUUCAUCGAUCGCAUAGCUGUGGAAAGUAAACGAAGCUAUGGCAUGAGGCCCAUCAAAGCCAAAGAGAUGGCCAUCUUCUCUUUUGGUGACAGCUUCUUCUUUCUUGCGGAGACAUGCCCAAAGUUCAACCAGAUUAACAUCAGUGCAAGGUAAGUCAAUUUACCUUACGAAGCGGCAACGUUAAUUACACUUUAUUUUGGCCUGCGUAGCUGGCGGAAUUGGUGUGCCCGGGGUACUUUCUUGGCGGCGGAGAUGCCAAGCGAAAAACUGAUUUGACUAGCUCCCAAUCUUCGCUAACUUUAUUCUUUCUUUGUUAAACGCCUUUGGUUAAACAAAAAUGGUUGUUGCCUUGCUAUCGUUGUCAUUAUCAAACUCUCGCACUUUUUAUUGCUACCUGUUCUGGCCAUCGCCAUGUUUUCCCUUUAAAAAUAGGAUUAAAUGGAAAGAUAGGAAUUAACGACGGUUUGUUUUUCACUCGUUAGGUACAAGAAUGGAAAGAAGUUGCAUGAAUUGUUCACCACUCUGAUGACAAUAAUGUCAGAAAUUUGUCAACACCAGUUUAGUUCCCUUAAGUUUGGUUUUGGACCGAUCUGCCCUAUCAAACAAUGCCCAGGUAUCUCCUACCAUGGGAAGGAUCUCAAUUCAAACUCAUCUUCUGAAGUAAGCGGUGGUGAAUUGGAUGUCAACUCCACGUGCGAUGACUGGACAGAUGACAGCCUUGAGAGCCGUCCUCACGUGAUUUUCAUUGACCCUGCCGAGUCGUCUCGGCCUCUAUGGUGCAACAGUACCCCAAUUCAUGAAUUUGAAGCAAUCAAGGAAUGGCUUAUAACGGUACUAAUAGCCUAAUGAAUACUUAGUCAAAUAUGCACGAGGAAGGGUCGUAUGCCCGAGGGGGGCACUCCUUUAUUUGGUGAACAGGGUAAGGUUUUCAGGAUCUUUAGUCAUAAACGGGGUAUACACUCUCACUGGUUAGCGUCUUGAGUCUUAAACGAAGUGAUCUGGUUUGACCAUGAGAGUAUGACGUGUGACUUGUCAUGUGUGAAAGGCAAAAAUUAUUUAUCUAUUAAUAAUUACGUAUAUUAAGUAAAUUGAAACUGCUUGAUGUCUUUUGAUGACUUCUUUUUUAAAAGAGGAAAUUAACACGAUGGACUGUCAGUAGUAUGUUUACGGUUUCGUGAACUUAAGACCUGGGAUCUCAGCCAUUGUGUGUUGAGAUUAGGAGUAUACCUUGGUCUACCUGUAGCUCAGGCUUAGUCAAGAGCGUGCUGCGGUGGAUGUAAACUUAAAUAUUGCUUCACGUUGUUUCUACCUGGCUCAUCGUGCUCAUCAUAUCUUUAUCUUUGUUUGAUUUUUACCCUCUUAGCCCCAGGAUUCUGAAGGUUCUCCUUGUUACUCCAGUAAGUAUAUUUUCCAAUUUAAACAAUUCGUCUUUAUCGUGCAUGCUUGUAUUGUAAAUUACCGCAGCAGGGUUAGAGGAGUUAGCCAAGUUGGUUCAGCUUUGCCUAGUCCUUAGGCUUCAUUAUUCCGCACGGCCACUGCUUGUCGGGUCACGUGAUUCGAGCUAAAAAGUAAGACUUUCCCCGCCCGUUCUCCCCGGAUACGUCACGGAGGUGAAUUGAUCGAGAGGGACUGGAAAAAGGACGUACAGGGACAAGGCAAAAUUCACCGCUGGUUCGCAGUGCAUAGGUCGCGUUUUUGUUCCAAGGUUUUCCUGGACCGGACCAAUGCUUAUGGUAUUAGAAAAGGGAGCUAAGCAACGACAACGGCGACGGGGACGGCAACGGCAACGCCAUGGUUGCUUAAGCUCCCUCAAAGCUCAGAGGAGUGAACGGACUCUGUCGUUCAAACGGUUCACCCUUCACGUGGCUCGAACGGCCUUGUAGCAAACUAAAGGUGGUUCCGUUUCUACUAGGAGAUGUAAAGAUAAUGUCGUAAGGUAGAACUAAGUGCGAAACUAACUUCAUACGAUAUCUUAAAUAAGUAGUAGCACAGUUUUGUAACUUUAAUUUUGUUUGGAAAAACAAAACUUUUUGCAUUUUUAGGAAGCAAUUAUUUAUAGUUUGCUAGAACGUAAGGCAAAGAGUUGAAGUGACAAUACGAGGAUAAUACUCUGCUGAGCGUGAAAUUAUGGAAAACGUUCUAAACUUUUAAAUUGAUAAAAAGUAUUUUUUAUUUGAUUUGAACAGUUGGCCGAUGCUGUCUGAUUUUCGUUGCCAAGGAAGUUAAAGAUUGGAAGUUCCUAGGCAGGCAUCUUGGCGUCAACGAUAACAUUAUUGACAACAUUUGCACAGAGAACGAUUCGGAGGACGAGAGGGCCUAUCAACUCCUGAGAAGCUGGCUUCACUUAAAGGGACACAACGCUACUGUUCAUAUGCUGAUGAAGGCUUUAGAGGAAAAUGGUGAUGUGAGGACCAAAGAAGCCUUUGAACGUCACUUAAGUGUGCAUAAUUAACUCGUGAUUAGAAAAAGCGAAACUCGCCAAGCGGCGACCUUUUCCCUCUUCCCACCGUCCAACGUGCGCUUGUUAUUUUUUGAUUUUUUUCUAUUUUCAU